AUGUCUUCCCUGAAAACUCGCGUCUUUGCCGGCGUCACCAUCCCAGAUACUCCACUCAUCGCCAAAGCUCUCGAAUAUACCCGCGCGCAUUCGACCGAUUUCGCGUUCAACCAUGUGCAGCGGUCUAUGCUGCUCGGUUUCAUAAUUGCAUCGAAGAUUCCCGCCCUCGCGGAUCGGGAUCUGGAAGUCCAUGCCGUUGCGGCUAUUAUGCAUGACAUUGGUUGGGAUCCUACUGGGGAAUUGGUCUCCAAGGAUAAAAGAUUCGAGGUGGACGGAGCAGAUGCCGCUCGUAAUUUUUUGCGCAAGGAAGCGCCUGACUGGGAUAAACAUAGGCUGCAGCUAGUUUGGGAUGCCAUCGCGCUCCACACAAUUGGAACCAUUGUAUUCCACAAGGAGGCCGAAGUCCAAGCUGUUGCAUACGGCAUCUGGGCGGAUUUCCAAGGUCCAGACCGCAUUGAUGGCAACUUAUUGACUUGGGACGAGUAUAACGCUGUGGUUGCAGAGCUCCCUCGUCUCAACUUGAUGAAGGGUCUGAAGGGAGUAAUGUGUUUCUUGUGCGAGACCAAGCCGGCAACUACGCUUGAUAAUACUGUAGGUGAAUGGGGUGACAAGUUCGUAAAGGAUUAUGAUCGAACUGGAAAGUUGACUUCGGAUUUGUUGCUCUCGUGUGAUUUAGAUGGAAAGACUCUCUUGGAAGAUCCAAAUUAA